AUGUCUACAUGUGUGUUUAGGGUAAAGAUGAUUGUUCUUCUUGGAGAAGUUGGUGGUAUCGAAGAGUAUAAGAUUGUUGAUGCAUUAAAAGAUGGAAGAAUUACGAAACCUCUCGUCGCUUGGUGCAUCGGAACAUGCGCCGAUCAGAUCACCUCCGAGGUAAGAAAUCGAAAUGUGCAAUUUGGUCAUGCUGGUGCGUCAGCUAAUGCACAGCGUGAGACCGCUGUCGCCAAAAAUGCAGCUUUGAAGGCGGCUGGAGCAUAUGUGCCUCAUUCAUUCGAUGAUCUAGCGUCGUUUAUGACUUCAAUCUGUGAUGAACGAGGCGAAGAACUUCUUUACGCAGGAGUUCCGAUCACCAAGGUCCUCCAGCAAGAUAUAGGGAUCGGUGGAGUACUCGGAUUAUUGUGGUUCCAGAAACGCUUGCCAGAUUAUGCUAACAAGUUUAUUGAAAUAUGUCUGAUGAUUACUGCGGACCACGGCCCAGCUGUUUCUGGCGCGCAUAAUACAAUAGUGUGCGCAAGAGCUGGCAAAGAUCUCAUAUCUUCCUUGGUUUCCGGUCUUCUAACCAUUGGAGAUCGUUUUGGUGGAGCAUUGGAUGGAGCUGCUCGUCAGUUUUCGGAAGCCCUUGACAAAGGAUGGAGUCCGAUGCAGUUUGUGAAUGAGAUGCGAAAACAGGGAAAGCAUAUUAUGGGUAUUGGACAUCGCGUGAAAUCGAUCAACAAUCCCGACAAGCGAGUAGAGAUUUUGAAAAGUUUUGCAUUAGACCGUAACCAAUUCAAGCAGGAGACACCUCUCCUUGACUAUGCUUUGUUGGUAGAGAAAAUCACAACUGCGAAGGUGAGAAUAUAUCUUUGUUUGAAAUCUGGGAUCUUUCACCUCUGCACGUUGUUUUUGCAGAAGCCUAAUCUUAUUUUGAAUGUCGACGGCGCUAUUGGAAUCAUUUUCGUGGAUAUCUUGCGUCAUUCUGGAAUGUUCACAUCAGCGGAAGCACAAGAAACCAUUGAAAUCGGGGCCCUCAACGGACUAUUCGUGCUUGGUCGCAGUCUUGGUUUCAUCGGUAAGUUUAAUAUCUGCUCCAUGAAGAAGUCGUUCGCCCAGACAGGUUAAAG